UACAUUCCUUCUCAGUUAAUUAGUCUUUAGAAAAGGAUUUGUUGCGUACGAUAUUCUCUUUCAUUGAGGUUUCCCUUCAGGUUGACUGUAACAUUUUCCUGACACUGUAAAGGAGAAGUCGCCAAUUGCCAUGGAGAACGAUAAGACAACAAACGCCAUCUCAAAAACUUAUUCCCGUAUCCCAAGACCAAAAUUGUAUGCAAAUUCGAUGCCAGCGGCUGUCCGAAGUUACUCAAAUUUUAAAUUUGCCCAAAGGAGGGAGUCAAGUCCUUCAAUCAUGAACCAGAUGCAGCCAGUGCAUUUCCAAGAGCAGCUGUCUUCAGAUUGUUCCAGUUCUCAGGAUUCAUUAGACAACUUGUCAAUGGAUGACUUCUGGACUGAAGUUGAGAACAUAAAGGAAAGCCGUGGGACUGAGUCAGAUGAAAAUGUUGAUGUGAAAACAGCAGAUGAUGGAGAAGUUGAGGCAGAUUGGCUUCAGGCUGCUGGGCUCUCCACUCUUAUCCAGGAAGGCAGCAGAGAUGAUGAUGAUGUGGUCCUGCUCUCUACUCUAACUCGCACGCAAUCUGCAGCUGUACAGCGCAGAGUGGACAACUAUACUCUGUCUAUGAAGAUAAAGAGCAAGCAGCCUGUACGAGAUGUUAGGGACGUCUUUGCAGGACCGAAGUUUUCAAAAAUGCAAGAUAACCAAAGUCCAGUUAUUGACGCACUGCAAUCAGACCAGCAACUUGACCAUCUGCUACCAGAUAACAAGAAAAGAGAAGCUUGUUCUGAUGAACACAAGACUUCAUCGCCAACACAGUGUGAACUUUUGAAGACAGAAUUUAUAUCUUUUGAUAUUUCUUAUUCUGAACAAGCAUCAAUUUUGCGAAACCAAUUACUGUAUAUAAAGCCGACCAGGAAAAGAAAGGAUGAUGGGACUUUGCCUCAAUACAAAAUGUGCAAGAAUAAACUAGGAAUAACAAGAAUAGGUGAUCUCUCAGCACAAGACAUGAAAAAAAUUCACACUUUGGCAUUAAUUGAGCUGACAGCUCUCUUUGAUGUCUUGGAUUUGGAGGUGAAACGACACAAAGCAAUGAAAGUGAAAGUAUAUGAUAAUAAGAUUUUUGGUGUCCCACUCACACACCUGUUAGAAAAUGAUCAGAAGAUUGACCCCAACACCAAGGUUCCACUGUUUCUUAAAGAGUUGGUGUGCUGUCUGGAAGAUAAUGGUUUGGAAACAGAAGGGAUCCUCCGCAUUUCAGGUUCUGUUGCUAGGAUAAAGGUACUCCCAACUAAACAAACAGAGAAUGAAAAUUUGCAACAGGAAAUUGAUGCAAAUUUUUACCAAAAAAAUUUUGACUGGAAGAAAGUGCACCAAAAUGAUCUAGCAGGCUUAUUAAAGGUGUUUAUCCGUGAAUUGCCAUGUCCCUUGUUAACAGCAGAAUAUGUGACUGCUUUUGCAGCAGUCAAACAUAUCUGUGAUCAAACACACAUGAUACAUUCCCUGAAUCUUCUUGUGCUGAUUCUUCCAGAGACAUAUAGAGCUACACUAAAGUUCCUAUUAGAGUUUCUUCGCAAAGUGAUUGAGAAAGAGGAGAAAAACAAGAUGAAUCUCUGGAACGUUUCCACAAUAAUUGCCCCUAACCUCUUCAUGCACAAAGCAAUUACAAAUAAAAUUCCUGAUGGCAAUGAGAAGCAGCAAGCAGAAAAAGCUGCAAAUGUUGUUCGGAUGUUGAUCCACUACCAGGACCUUCUUUGGACUAUUCCAUGUUUCCUUGUGGCGCAGGUGAGAAAACUGAAUGAAAAUAGCAAUAAGAAGUAUGAUAAGCGUCUAAAAAAUCUGCUGAAGAAGAUUCACACAGACAAACAGGACAAGCAACAUGUAGAGCAACAGUUGAACAAGGUGAUAAAAAUUCAAGCCCCCCAAUUAUUGAAGGAUACAAUGGAGAUUCAACUGAAUUCUAGGAUUACAAUUCGGGAUCUUAUGGCUCAGUUUCAGAAGCAAUUAAACUGCGGUAAUUGGGGUGCCACCAAUGCUGAUCUCACAAAAAGAAGCAAUGGAUCCACAGAUUGUUCCGAGUUCUACUUGUAUGAAGUGGGUGGUAAUAUAGGCGAACGCCGUCUUGAUCCAGACACAUGUAUGGCGGAACUGUACAAGAUCAACCCUCAGGCUGAAUGGGUCAUAAAACAACAUGCGACUUUGUCAAAAGGAAGUUAAAUUUUUGUGACCUUUCACCACCUAAAUCCACAGAAUAAUAUCUGUACUUUGGUUUGUUGUUAAAAGUUUUGUGACCACACAAAGCUUAAGAAGAAAAGCUGAAGCACCUUUUCAAGGCACAUCCAAGGAACAACACAUUCAGCAAAGUACAGCACUUUCAUUAAACAAGGGACAUUUACCACUAUUUAAAGGUAAAAUGAAAUCAGCUUUUAAUCUGCUGGUCUAUUGGCAUGUGAAUUUGAGAACUUGAAUUUUAUACAAAAUUUAUGUUUAACCAUGCCUAUUUUAUUGAGACAUGUUCAGUAGGCACUGCCAAAUAUUGCAAAGAAUAUUAUGGAAAAGACAUACAAAUCUCCUUUCUCACUCUAUAUAUUUUCUUGGAAUAUUUUAAAAAAAAAUUGCAUGCCACCUUGGAAGUACUUGGAGAAAAUGAAUGUUUAAAGUGAAGAAAAAAGCAGCAAAAUGAAAAACAAAAUUUGGCUUGUGGCAAAACAUAAACACAAUCAAUUAUUUAUUGAAGGGCCACAGCAGAAAAAUGAAUUUGUGCCUCCAGUUUAUUUGUCAUGAAGCCAUAUUUGACUGCAUAUAUCAAGCUCCUCAGGAGUAACAGGAUCUUCAGCUGGGACAAAUAACUAUGAUUGUGUCUAGCACUUUAGAGUUUGGGCACAGAGAAUGUGACACAAUCCAAGCUAAAAAUACAGUAGUAUAAAAAUGCAGUAGGUCGCAAGAAUUAUUAUGGACAAUAAUAUUUGAAACCUGUGUGGUGUGUAUUCUGUUUUCUUUGAGGCAGCAGCCUCCUUGUAGUUGCUGAUUAGCUUUUAACAUUUAGUAUAAUGUUAAUAGAUUUACAUUUGGAACUUGUUUUCUACAUAUAGCUACAAUUAGGAUUUUUUUAUAUUCUAACAGGUUGUUUAAAUAACCAUCUCAAUCUGUUGUUUGUGUCAUUCUGUGAAUUGGUAAAGUUAUUUUUAAGAGCAUUAAAGAAUGUGUUCUUUA